AUUUCCUCUUUGACUUCAAGCUGACGACCAUAAACAAGCUAACCGGCGGGCACUGGGACCACGCGGAGUGGCAGCCGGCUGUCGCUCAGUCUGAACCGUUGGUGUUCUUCGUUCACUGGAGAGAUAACAGCUGAGAGAGACGGAGAGUAACGACUGACUCUAUGUACCUGUGUGACUCUAGCACACUACAACACCAGUUCCCUUUGGUUUUAUUUCUUCCAAGUUAGGUGGUUAUAAUGGUGUGAGGAUGGCCAAACGACCGGGGACCGACGACGGGAUGCUGACUUCGCCGACAAUUCUCCGGGAUUUCGCCGCGGAUUUGAACGUCGGGGAUGUGAACAUGGACUGCGGCGACGGAGCCGAGGAGAUCUCCUUGGAAGAAAUCCUGACUCUGUACAGCCAGCCGAUAAACGAGGAGCAGGCGUGGGCUGUGUGCUAUCAGUGCUGUCGGACUUUAGCGCAGAGACGCCGGAGGAAAAGCUCCAAGUCCGCCGGUGCCUCCGCUGUCGAGUAUCCGAAGAGGAUCGAGGGACCCGGGGAUGUGAGCAUCGGGAGAGACGGGACUGUCAAACUGCGCUUUGAAGGCAGCACAGAUAAAUACAGAUCGGCCCCCACGUCAUUAGAGGUCAUCGACUCGCUCGGUGUCAUGAUCUACAAAGCUCUGGACUACGGCCUCAAAGAAAACGAGGAGCGGGAGCUCAGCCCGCCGCUGGAGCACCUGAUUGACAUGAUGACCAACACCGCAGAAACCGAGAGCGACGACCCCUGCCCCGACGAGGGCUACGAGGCCACAGAGGAGGAGGAUGAGUGCGAGGAGGAGGGGGAGGAGGAGGAAGAGGAGCUCGUCUCCACCACCACCACCACCACCACCGGCACAGUCAGCAGCGUUCGUGGCUAUCGAGAUAUCAUCAUGCUGUGUUCUUCCCACCUGCCCAGCCCAUCAGACGCCCCCAGCCAUUACCAGGCUGUGUGUCGCGCUCUCUAUGCCGAGACAAGGGAGCUGCGCACCUUCCUGGAAAAGAUCAAGAGUGCCAAGGAGAACCUCCGGAGAAUGGAGGGUGAGACUCGAGAGGAACCUGUUAAAGACCUCAAUGAACUACAAAAUGCGGACUGGGCACGGUUCUGGGUGCAGGUGAUGCGAGAUCUACGACAUGGUGUGAAGUUGAAGAAGGUUCAGGAACGCCAGUACAACCCGCUUCCCAUUGAAUACCAGCUAACGCCAUAUGAAAUGCUGAUGGACGACAUCCGCUCCAAACGUUACAAGCUGCGAAAAGUCAUGGUGAAUGGAGACAUCCCUCCGAGGUUAAAGAAGAGCGCACAUGAAAUUAUUCUGGAAUUCAUCAGGUCACGACCUCCUCUCAACCCUGUUUCAGCCCGUAAACUGAAACCCCACCCUCCAAGACCACGGAGCCUCCACGAGCGACUGCUGGAAGACAUCAAAGCUGAAAGGAAGCUCAGGCCGGUCUCACCGGACAUGAUCCGCAGAAGCCGCCUUGGCGCAGGGAAAAGCAUCAGCACCCCUCAGGACUUGUUCCGAAGCUCAGACACUCCUGAUGCACCCAGGAAGUUGGCUGGCAGCACCCAUUCUCUGGCCAGUGGCACCACUGGACCCAGUCAAGGUGGAGUGCAGCCUCUCAGUCAGAGGAAGAGACUGCUCAGGGCGCCCACGCUGGCUGAGCUGGACAGCUCCGAAUCUGAUGAGGAGCCCACGCGAAGCAGCUCCAGCAUGUCCACAUCUUUGUUGGAGGACACGUCACCUGAGUCCAUCAUAGGGAAGAAGGCUCCUCCAAAGUUCCUUCCUGUUUCUGCCACCCCGCAGCCAGACAAGCGUCAGUCUCCACAGAGGCGGCACUCUAUCGAAAAGGAGGCCCCCACCUGUGUCCGUCCCUUUGUCCCUCCAUCCAGACAGACCUCCAAGUCUUUGGAGGAGUUCUGCUACCCGGUGGAGUGUCUGGCUCUGACGGUGGAGGAGGUGAUGCACAUCAGACAGGUUCUGGUCAAGGCCGAGCUGGAGAAGUUUCAGCAGUACAAAGACAUCUACAACGCCCUCAAGAAAGGAAAGCUUUGCUUUUCGUGUCGGACCAAGAGGUUCUCCCUCUUUACCUGGUCCUACACCUGCCAGUUCUGCAAAAGGCCUGUGUGUUCCCAGUGCUCUAAAAAGAUGCGGCUGCCGUCUAAACCUUACUCCACCUUGCCCAUCUAUUCUCUGGGCCCCAGUGCAAUGGCUAAAGAAGAGGCAAGUGGAGCGUCCGCCCCUGCAGAGCCUGAAAAGAACCCGUUUGGGUCUGGACACAGCCGUCACAGCCUACGUCGAAGCGUUUAUAAGUUUUCCAAGCAUGGCAGCAGUAGCAGCAAAGAUGGCCGGUCACAGGACGAGCCAGAGCUCCCCAAGGAGCUGACGGAGGACUGGGUCACCAUGGAGGUGUGUGUAGACUGCAAAAAGUUCAUCACGGAGAUCAUCUCCUCCAGCAAGCGCAGCCUGUGCGUGGCUACCAAGCGUGCCCGCCUCAAUCGCAAAACCCAAUCCUUCUACAUGUCGUCUUCUAACUCGGUCAACUUCCGGCCCUCAGAGCGCACCAUCAAUGAGGUGUAGAAAGUAGGACCGCCCUGUGCACUUUUGUUCGAGCUGAGUUUAUUUGAUUAAAUGGAUUUAAAAAAAUCCCUUCUUAGUCUGAUUUUGACCUGGACUGGUUCACUGCUGUUGAUGUAAAUGGUUAUUUUCAAAAAAAA